AUGAAUAUUUUAAUUUUAUUUCUAACUACUCUAUGUUUGAUGGUAGUAACUGAAUGCUGUAUGCGAAUGGUUCCGCCGGAUGAUGUCUAUAUACCGAGUACAUUGGCUCCUGUGGAAAGUACAAUGGCUCCUGGUGAAAGCACAGAGGCUCCGAUGGCUCCUUCUACCACAAAUGCCGCCGAGGAAACAAGUGUAACUGAGGUAACGAUGAUGACAACGCCUGCAAUGGAACCAUCAACCGUAACAGAACAACUAUGCAAAAUUAGUGAAGCCACGUGCCCAGAUUUGGCGUCAGUGCUUUCAGCUAACGUGAUCAUCACAACUGACACGGAAGGCUGCAUUGAACUAUCGUGUGCAUAUGGAUUUGUUCCAUUUCUUGGUGCUUCAUUUGAUGACAGUGAAAUACCACCACCUACUCCAGUUUAUUAA